AUGAGCUGUUCCAAAUUAGUGGAAAGCACAAUUUCAACUCAUCUAUUAGUGUUGGUUUACAAAAUAGAAAAUGGCAUUCCAUAAAAAAUUAUGUAACAAGAAAAAUAUCACCUUAAUGUUUUUCAAAGGAUGAUAAAGCCAAGUUAGAAGUGGUUGAAGUAUCAUCAUUUGCACUAUGAUGUAGGAGUCAAACAAGGAGAGCACUCACAUGCAUUUUAGGAAGUUUACCCAGACAAUUAGAUCAUGAUUGAUUUACAUUCAGUGGCAUCAGCUUUACUGUUUGUCCUAUAUUGCUUAUCAUGGGUGUUAUAGAUUUUUUUGCAAAAAUUGUUUUAAAGGUAAAAUAUAUUGGAUAAUAGUAGCUGGAUAAAAGUCAAAAUAUUGAACAAAUGUUAUAAGUUGAAAAACUCUACUUAUGUUUAACAACUACUACUCUAUGCAUAAUAUAGCUGA